AUGCCGUUUGGGCUGAAGAACGCGUCGCAGAUCUACCAGCGGAUGAUUGACAACGCCUUGUAUGGGUUCACCCGAAUCCCGAAUGGACAAGUGAUCUGGAGCGUCGGGAUAUCCUACGACGAUGACAUCUUAGUCCCAGCGAGCAAUUGGGAUCAGCUAUGUGAUCGUGUUGAAGAUAUUAUGGAGACGUGCGACAAAUGGAAGCUGUCGAUCAGCGUCGUCAAGCGUUUCGGGGGCAUGCCGAAAAUGGAAUAUCUUGGACAUCAAGGUAUCGCGCAUCCAAAGGGUCUGUCGGUGUUGACGGAUCUUGAGGUUCCCAGAUCCUUGCGUGCUAUGCAAUCCGUUUUGGGGAGUCAGCACUAUUAUAGUCGCUUCAUCAAGGAUUAUCUGGUUUACGCGUCUGUGCUAUAUGAUUUGAGGGAGGUCAAUUAUGCUGCGAUGGAGAAGAAUAUCCGGACCUAA